CUAGACCAGAACAGGACAAGCGUCAUCUACUUGGUUCUACAGAACUUUUUUUUCCCUUCUCAGCAACACCGCUCAAGAGACGGCGACAGUCUGCAGUUCAGCAGCCUCUCAACAUCCAGUUGUCGCUCCUAGUUGAGACGGAUUAGGCUUAUCUCAUUAUCUGGCGUCUGCCCUGUGAAGUUGCUUGAUUGUUAUCUUUCGCUCGCAGAUUUACUCAAAAUGGGUAAGAAAACGUCUCGCCCGCCCGCCUCGAAAACUUCCUCCGCUGCGUCGCCCGCGGUAUCCGGCCUGACUUAUACUGGGAGCAAAUCUUCGAUACUGAAAGCGUCAUUUGCACCAUCUGAAUAUCAAUUGUCGCUUUUCGCGUCGGUCAUCCAAGGUCUUGAUGCUCAGCAUUUGCGAAUUCAUGAUACGAACACCGGCCGGUUACAAUGCGAGCAUGUCUUGGGUCCUAAGGAGACAGUCACCUCCCUAGACUGGGGAUACUAUCCAGGAAGGCAAAAGGAUCGCGAUCAACAGUCAAAGAAAAAAAGAAAGCGGCAGUCCGACGUCAAUGGUGCCAUCCAUGGGCUCGAUCAAGGAGAUGUAGUCGUCGCCUUUGGUACGAGCGCUUCAGAUAUUCGGAUGUACUCGCCUACGGAGGAUAAGAUUGUUGGAACACUCGUUGGAGCUCACGAUGAAGGGGUCAAUGAUUUCAAAUUCACUUUGAACAAACCCGCUCAGGAAGGUUGGAGUGUUGGUGGUGAUAACAAGCUCGUCCAGUGGGAUCUACGCACCGGAAAAAGCACAAAAAUAAUUAAUUUGCCCUCAUCCUCGGUGGUCUCGAGUCUGGCGCGCCCACUUCCUUCUAACCCACCUGUUAUCUGCGCAUCUCAGACUCCGUACAUAAUCGAUAUUGAUAAUGAUGAUGCGCCAAUUGCGUUCCCAGCCAUGCGCAAUUCUAUACGUACGCUUCUCACGUCCUCUACUGUAUCCGCGUCUACCGGAUUGUUCCUCGGCUCCGAUAAUGAUCGUUACAUCAAUGUCUUUGACCUCGAGAGUCGGAAGCUUGUAAUGAAUCUUGUGGCUGAAAAGGAAGUGUCUUCGUUGUCCUUAUAUACCGUUUCCGUGCCCAAAACAGGUGAUGCUUUGGCAUUGGAGAAGCAGGCCCUAGCUGCUGUAACCGACGAUGGUACAAUUGAGCUCUUCACGAGGCCAUUUGUUUUGCCAAAGGAUUUGCAGGGAGCCAAGGCCGCCACGAAUCUCAAGGCAAAAGGAAGACAGAUGACUAGAAGAGCGGAGGGCUCUAUCAAGAUCACGCGUUCUGAAGACUCUGAUGCUCUGGUGCCGGUAGUAACAGCAUCAUUCCAGGGUCGUGAUUUAGUUAUUGCCUGGGCUGAAGGAGGCGUUAUUCCAAUUUUCGAGCGCGUCGCAUGGCUUGAUGAGUCUACCGACGAGCUAGCAUUCACCGGCGUCAAAAAGAUAGUCAGGAGCCAGUCCAAUUCGGUUCUUUCAUCAGUUACCACAAACGGUGCCAGAAAGACAGGGGAGAGUCAGGUCGACGAAUCGAAGGUAGUAAUACAGCAAGGAAACCUCGCCGAAGAUGACGUCGAGAUGGAAGACUCUAAACAAGACGCUAUCUCGGUUGCCGAUAGUGAUGAAUACUCGGAUGAUGAUCAGGAACGUAAGAAAUCAAGCAAGGCGAAAGAAAUUGAAAAACAGAAAGGCGUCGAUAGCGACGUGGAAAUGGAGAAUGCAGAAUCCGACCCAGAGAAGGAGGAUGAAACGGGCGAGCCCUCUUUUGGUGAGCUUAUGCGGGCAAAUGCAGCAGAGAUCGAUGUUGAAGCUGAGCUUGAGGAUGAUGUCCGCAUCGGGUCCCUUGUGCCUGGAAAGCCCAAUGCAGCAAUCCAACAGAUUCCAUCCGGCGUCUCGCUCUCCACCGUCCUUACGCAGUCCCUCAAGACUAACGAUAACGACAUGCUCGAGUCGUGUUUCCACACUGGUGACCUCUCCAUUAUUCGUACGACCAUCCAACGUUUGGAAUCAUCCCUGGCAGCCACUCUCCUUCAAAAGCUUGCCGAGCGUAUCUCCGCCAGGCCCGGACGGUACGGUCACCUCCUUGUCUGGAUUCAGUGGACAUGUGUGGCACACGGUGGAGCGCUCGCAGGCCAGCCAGAUCUUCUGAAGCGUAUGACCACACUUUAUAAGGUUAUGGACCAGCGUUCAUCAAGCCUUGCUUCAUUGCUACUGCUUAAGGGUAAGCUAGAUAUGCUGGAUGCACAACUUGGCCUGAGGCAAUCUAUCCGUAGUGGUGCGGAAGGAAUGGAGAGCGAAGACGAGGACAAUGUCAUCUACGUUGAAGGUGAGGAAGAGCUUGAAGAGGAAGACAGCGAUGCCGAUACCGCGAAGCAUAUGGCGACACCGCGGACCAAGUUGAUUCGCGACCAGACCUUCGACGAAGACGAGUCCAUGAUGAACGGUGUGCAGUCCGGCAUUGAUGAGUCCGAAGAUGAGGAAGAAGGCAGUGAGGAGGAAGAUGAAAACGAGGAUGUUUUCGACGUUGAGGCGGAAGAGUCUGCCGGCUCGUCCGAUGCCGAGGAAUCGCUUGAAGAAGACGAAGACGAUGAAGAUGACGAUGCCGAGAGUGCCGGCUCGAUGGCCGACUUCAUUGCUGACACGGAGGAAGACUCCGAGGAUGAGGCUCUCUCAGUUCCUCAACCGCCGCCAUCGAAGAAGGCCAAACUGGGCAGCGGAGGAAAGGGGAAGAACAAGGCGAGAAAAUAGAUUAGAUUUUAUACCCUAUUCUUCUGCACUUGUUCCUGGAGUUCCGUGUUCUUUCGCCUAAAAAGUGAUCCAAAAGAGAAAAGAAUAUCUUUAUUUUUCUCCCAAACUGUUUCAUGUACUCCCUUUUAGAGGGCGGAAGACGUUCACUAGCAUUUAUGUUGACUUGCUACUACUAUCUGUCUAUCUAUUUAUCUUCUUUGCAAUUAUUUGAGCUAGAAUCUGUUUGUAGACUGACUGAGAUGAAUGAUAGUGCC